AUGCGUGCUGUUCUUGUUCUUGUUGUAUUUACUUUGAUUCAUCAAAUCUAUGGUCAUGGCGAACAUGGAGGUCCUGGCAGUCAAGCUACAGCUGGACAACCACAUGUUGCUCGAAAAAUGGAAGAUUACGUUCAUGAUACAGAACAUCUUCGACAUGAUUUAGAAGGUCAAAUAAAUAAACCUAAAGAACAAAUGACAGCAGAAGAGCAAAAUUUUUAUUAUUUUAAACUGCAUGACACAAAUAAUGAUAAUCGUUUGGAUGGCUUAGAAGUUGUAGCUGCUUUUGAUCAUGUACAUCAAGAAGAAAAUAAUAAAAAUAAUGCAACAGCCGAACACACUCCACCACCGGAGCGACUUGGCGAUGACGAACUUAUGCGUAUUGUUGAUGAUAUUUUAAAAGAAGAAGAUCUUGAUCGAGAUGGAUAUAUUAGUUAUGAAGAAUUUAAGAGAGCAAUUGAAGGCAAUUCAAAUACACAAGGAUGA